AUGGAGGGGCGGGGGAGGCGGCCGCGGAGCCCGGAGCGGCAGAGGCCGCCGGCGAGGAAGGUGCCGGUGGUGUACUACCUCACGCGGAGCUGCCACCUCGAGCACCCGCACUUCGUCGAGGUGCCGGCGCCCUCCUCCUCCGACGGGCUCUACCUCCGAGAUGUGAUUCGUCACCUCAACAUGGUGCGCGGCAAGGGCAUGGCCUCCAUGUACUCCUGGUCCUGCAAGAGGAGCUACAAGAACGGAUUCGUGUGGCACGAUCUCGCCGAGGACGACCUCGUCCUCCCGGCCACCGACGGCGAGUACGUGCUCAAGGGCUCCGAGAUCCUGGACCAACCUUCUUCAGGCCAAUUUCACCAUGGGAGUAAUGGCAACCAGAAGCAGCAGAGCAGGGUGAAAGAGGGUACAAGGUUGCCUUUGUCAAGGGAGGCCUCCUUCUCCUCCUCCCCACCUAGUGUGACAGUUAGAGAAGCCAAGCCUCGGCGCGUGCCGUCGGUGCCUUCACGGGACGAGGACGACUCCCCCUCACCCUGCCGGGGCACCUCCUCGGAGACAAUGUCGCCGGAGUCGGAGCCUCAGAGGACUGUCAUGUCAUGGCCGACGCCGGCAGAAUUCAGGGUUUUCAAGCCUACCGGUUUGAUGGAUGCCGCAACUCAAACCGAUGACCUCGGCAGAAGAUCAGCACGGAGAGUACCUGAGAUGCAUAAGAAGAGCCUGAGCACCGAUCAUGACGCUGUGGUUCGUGAUGUCACCGAGUACCGGCAACAGAGCCAUCCGCGCCGUGUUGACAGGUAGCCAAUCUCCUGUAGUUUUGUGGGUGCCUCACUGCUGCGUGCAUGCAUCCUGUUUCCUGCUCCUCUCCACCCUCCCUAGAGGGCAUGCAGCUUGUCGGGUGCCGGCGUGUGUGCUUGCAGGUCCUACCGUCCUAGCAACUGAUGGGUCACCCCUUUUCGGCGAGCACUACAUGCAGUGUGGACGAGCGUGGUAUGCAGUGCAGGCGAUUGUGCCGUGCAGCUUGCCAGGCGUCUGGGCGACGAACCUCACUUGCAGCUCCCUCCUCCACUCCUUGUUGUUCACGGGAAGCAGAUGACAAGUGCACUGCACUAGGGGUGGCCGGUGUCAUACUUUUUUUAAGUAGUUCAUCUUGUUAUGUCUUUUUUUAGUAGUCAUCUUGCUGUAUGUUUCAGUUUGACCAUGUUAAUGCAUGCAGCUCUUUGCUGGUUUGGGUGCAGCUCACAAGCAUUUGUGGAGUUCAACGGCGCACAGGCUUGCGCGUGCGGUCCCAAAGGAUGAAGUGAUGUAGUUCUAUUGGAUGCCCUGUUACUCAAUUUUGUUGUUGUUAAAAAGUGCACUGCAUUAGUUUAUUGUAAAAACUGCAGUUUAUUACCGUGAUUUGGCUUGU